CGCGCGCGUCUGCAGCUGCACCGCUGCCGCUAUAACGGCGCUCGGACACACACGCGCGCGCGCACACACACACAGGUAACUGUCUGCAGCGCACGCGCCUUCAAGGGGCAGAAACGGAAUCAGCGGGCCGGAGGGCAGAAGAAUAAAAAACACGUCCACGUGACUCCGCAUGAGAGCAUCCUCGCGAGGAGGAGGAGAAGAAGAAGAAGAAGAGAGAGAGAGAGAGAGAGAGAGAGAGAGAGAGAGAGAGAGUGAGAAAGAGAGGGAGCCGCCUGUCGCCGCGUCUUCAUCAUCUCCAUCAGCAUCCUUCCUCUUCCUCCUGCGUGACCGACAGGGAGAGAGAUGGAGCCCAAGGACAAGAGUGCAGAGCCGCAGCUGAAGGGGAUUGUGACGAGGCUGUUCAGUGAACAAGGAUUCUACCUGCAGAUGAAACCAGAUGGAACCAUUAAUGGGACCAAAGAUGAGAACAGUGACUACACUCUCUUUAAUUUGAUUCCAGUGGGUCUGCGUGUUGUGGCCAUUCAAGCUGUGAAGGCAGGACUUUAUGUGGCCAUGAAUGCUGAGGGAUUCCUCUAUACAUCAGACCUUUUCACAGCAGAGUGUAAGUUUAAGGAGAGUGUGUUUGAGAAUUAUUAUGUGAUCUACUCGUCCACUAUGUACCGCCAACACGAGAGCGGACGCGCCUGGUUCCUCGGCCUCAGCAAGGACGGCAUCAUCAUGAAAGGCAACCGGGUGAAGAAAACCAAACCCUGCUCGCACUUCGUCCCCAGACCCAUUGAGGUGUGUAUGUACAAGGAGCCGUCACUGCACGAGCUGGAGGACAAGCUGCGCAGCCGGAAAGCCUCAGGAACGCCGAGCAUGAACGGAGAGAAUCAGCCGAACCCGGACUCGACCGAGCAGGACGGCUCAUAGCUGCUCACUCACGUUCUCACAAACUCACACACACACACACAUAUAUAGCACCUCACAGUGUUCACACUUCAACUGGAGUUGAAAAAAAAAAUCACCCAACAAGAUAAAGCAGAUUGAAAUCUGCGAUCCUGUGAAUGUCUCAGAAUGGAAACAAAGAAAAAAAAACAUGAAGAAAAAAAUAUCCUGUAUUUGAAAUCAGGACAUUUUAUGCAAAGCCUGCCGAGCGAGUAUGUAUGUGUAUGUAAGUGUGUGUGUGUGUGUGCUAUACUUUGGACACGAAACAAAAAAAUGGCGUGUGUAUGUAUGUUUCUGUGUAUGUAAGUAUGUAGGUUUGAUGGUGUGUGUUUGGAAGUUUAAGCUUUAAAGCCAUGUACCAAUCCUCACACGUCAAUUUACGAACGCAAAAGCA